AUGGUAGAUAGAGGUACAUCCAUUAAUCUUUUACCCCACAGAUUGCUGAGCAAGAUGGGCAUAACAGAGAAUGAUUUAAUUCCAACACGCUUAACUGUCACCAACUUUGCUAGUGGUAUCACUAAAACUCAUGGAAUCCUGGAUGUGGAUGUCAUAAUUGGAACCAAAGAGCUAAAGAUUGCAUUCUUUGUGGUAGACACCACUUCUACCACUUACAAUGCAUUACUUGGCAGGGACUGGAUUCACCAAAGCUUUUGUGUUCCUUCCACUCUGCAUCAGCAACUAGCCCUAUGGAAUGAAGAGGGUUACAUGGAGAUAGUAGAGGCUGAUCUACAGCCAUUUCUGACCUCUGCCAUGUGUUUUGAGGCAAGUUAUUAUCAUAAUGACCUUGGACCUUUCACUUUCCUUGGAGUCAACCAGAACGGCCGCCCCCAUGGUGUCACGGCCCGGAGACUUAUUGAAGAUGGUUUAGCUAGUUCUCUAGAAGACUAG